CGGACGAAGCAAUUGCGUCGCUCACGAAGACCAUAAGAAUCGAAGUGCUCUAUACUUUGCUGCUACUCUGGGCAAGCCUUCCUUCGUCAAAGCAUUACUAAUGAGUGGUGCUUCAUUCACACUGCAAGACUGGACGUUAGCCAAUUCGCCGAUUAAACCGAAUCUCCCUGCAAACAAGCAAACCUUGAAAUUUCUUGCAGAGCAUGAAUGGCUCCGACGGAUGGGAAUGUUGAAGAGGCAUUCUAGUAGCGGGUCAGAAGUUUCGGUCCUUCCAAAGAUUCUCCCCUUCAGUGACUUGGCUGAAAUCCUCGCCAUGGGCCUUGACCCAAACCAUCCUCCAGUUCCUCCAAGAACGGGGACAAGAUUCACCGGCCCAGUUCUCUGGAUUAUUCUCAACCAAAUUUUAAUACAGCCUAUCCCUCCCACGGAGUAUCUCUACGAUAUCUUCAAGCUUAUUCUUUCCUCCAGCGCAGACCCAAAUGCUACCCAUGUCAGCAAUAUCGACCCUCUAUCCCCAGGUCGAAAGUCGCCCCAAGCUCUCCAAGCAGAAAAUUCAAAUUUGAGCCUCCCAGGCCGGCCGUCACAAUUACUCUCCUUCUACCACCCUCUAACCUUCCUCCUCGAGCAGCAUGCCACCAUUGACAUCGACAUCAUCACACUUUUCCUCGACAAAGGCGCUAAUUUAACAACCGCCUCUUCGUUCUACGACGGGUGCUUCCCACUACAUUCAGCCGUGAAAGCAAAUCGUCUGGAUAUAGUCGACGAAUUUCUAAUCCGCCGCGCAGACGUCAAUGCUCUAGACAAUAAACAACGUACUCCACUAUUUGUCGCCGCUUCAAACGGGUUUUGGGAAGUUGUGGACAUGUUGUUGCGAUACGGCGCUAAAGUUAACAUCAAAGAUGAAGACGGCAAUACGCCGCUACAUGCAGCUUGUGCGGGCGGAAGCUCUAGGAUUGUAUCAGUCCUGCUUCGUGGUGGAGCAAGGUCGUUGGCGACGAAUCAGAAGGGUGUUGUGCCUUCAGCUUGUGUGUCUGAGAAGUUAGCGGAGAAGGAGAAGGAGAAGAUUGUAGCAAUGCUGCCGAAGGAGGAAGAGCUGGAUAGACAGAAUAUAGAUCGACAUUGCGGGGAGGGAGAGAAGAUCGCUGUACUGCCAGAGAAGCAGCGAGGUUCGAAAGAGCGGAUGGAGGGAGGAGAAGAGGAGAAGAAAGAAGCACCAACGCUCAAAGAAAAAGAGAAACGUUUCACGAAACCUAAACACCGAGACCUGGAAAAGCAUUUGCCCGGAGCCCCUCCCUGCGAACCAGAGAAGAAGUGGCCCGGACCGCAACAACAUCAGCCUCUACAAUGGUCAAUCAAGUCUCAAGCCCAGAAACCUCAAACUCAGACUCAGCCUCGGCGAGCUCAAGUACAAAAGCGCUUUUCGCAACAGCAGCUAUCACAGUCACAGCUGGAGCCACAGAAGCAACCCCAGAAACAACAUCGCCAUUGGAGCCUUCUCUCUCCGCGGCCGUCCCUGAUCGCUAGUUUCCGACAUUCCUCGACGCCUGCUCCUGCCCCGGCUCCCUCUCCAUCACCAGAACCGAAACCCCAGAUCGCAACGACAGUCCAGCUAUCCAAGCAAAUAGCAAAUGCCCAUUGCUCUCCAACCUCUCCAAAACGUCACCCGACCACUUCUCCGUCACCGUCUCCGCCAACCCCCGCCACGGAGCAAGGUAAGGCGCCCAAAGGGCCGCGCGUGGACAGCGGACUCGGGGUUGUUGGUCUUCAGGGAAAGACAGAAAAACCAUUGCCAUCGCUUGACAGGAACAAGACAACCCUUAGCAAAUUGAGUCAAGGGAGUGAUGACGAUGCCGAAGAUACUACCCUCGUGGAACAGGACGAGUUUGUGGGGUGGUUGGCCGUUGAUAGGAUGUUGGCGUCGUUGUAGAACCAUGGUCGCUCUCUUUACAAGCACCCCUCUCGUUUUACUUUCCUUGGAUCGAUAUACUCGUCUUAGUUAGACACAUGUCAUUUUUCUUUCUGGGAUUUACGCAAGCAAACCAGCACUGCACUUGCUGUUCAAGGAUUUCUUUAUCUAGUACCACGCAUGAUUUUUGGGUUUCAUACAACCAAACACUUUCUUUUUUUUUUUUGGCCUCGAACUCUCUCGCGCGCGCAAUACUUCUUAGUAUAUAACUGUCGUUACAACACGUUCUCGUACUUACUUCACGCCUUUUUCAUGUCAUACCAGUUCACAUUAUUCAGCCACGCACACCCAUACCCAUUUCUAUCCUAUUAUAAUUUCUAAGAAGGGAAGGAGGGGAAAUGAGGUUUUCCUUUUCUUGGCAUGUACACUCGGCCUUGAUAGUCCUGCAUGCAGGCAUUGUAGACUUGCAUUGUUCUUUAUCUUUCUGGCUGU